AUGAUUGAUAAUCCUGAAGAACAACUUCAACGUGUUGUUAGUCGAUUACGUAAAGUUGUUGAAGAUUAUUCAGCACAGGUAAUUAAAAAAAAAAAGACGAAAUUCCAAAGAUUUUCGGUUUUGUUUUCUUUGUAAAGAUGUUCACAAAAAAAAAUGGUUGUAGAACAAAUAGUUUCCUACUGAUUAGAUAAGACAUCGAAGAAAUUGAUAUGACUUACAGUUAAAGUUUUAUUGAAAUUUUCUGAAAAGUUCCGACUAAGAAUUCGAGGUUCAUUCUCGAUUAACAUUCUUCGUAAGUCGAUAAAAUCUCAUCGAGAUGUUAUCUUGCAGAAAACUAUUUGUUUUGGAAUUUUAAAUUUCUGACAACAUUCUAUUACGUCUUGCAUUUUGAGUACUUUCUGCAUGUAGGUAUAUAAAAAAACUAAUGUGACAUUCUCGAUUCAUGCCUAUGUAGAAUUAUUGUAUACAUUAUUUUUCAUUAGCUCAGGUUUUAAAAUCGAUAUGAAAGGAAGAAUAUCCCUACCUUACGGUAUAGUGUUGCACCUAGCGCCAGAUUCAAUAGCUCGACAUCUUCCCUACAACUAAUACUAGAUAUAGCUCUGCAUGAAAGACUGGGGUGACGCAGAAUUCUUGCACUCAAUUGUAUGAGCUUCUCAUACACACUGACUGCAGUUGUAUGUCAUAACGUAGCUGGCGUGGUAUUGGACGGAUGAUCCAAGGCAAACAGCCAUUCGUGAUUACUAUGGCUGACGAUAUGAAGACUCAAACACAGUACCUUGUGGAAAGGUGUUAAACUAUGUAUCCACUCAGUCAUGGCAGCUCAAGAUAUAGAUGAUAUAUGACCAUGAACUUUGAACUUCAAGAGCAAAACAAAGGGAAAUUGAAAAUGUCACGCUAUGUAAAUCUCUUCUUAUAUAAAAUUAGAAAGAUUUAUUUUUCUAAAAAAAAAAAAA